GUGGUCAUUUCUGCUUCCUUCGUGCGACUUUCCGGCAGAGCACCGCGCUGCUUCUUUGACGUCGUCGGCGCGUUUUGAGGAGAGUCCAGGCCGCGCAACCGCUGCUAUGACUGAGGCUGAUGUAAAUCCGAAAGCCUACCCUCUCGCAGACGCCCACCUCACCAAAAAACUAUUGGACCUCGUUCAGCAGUCAUGUAACUACAAGCAACUUCGGAAAGGAGCCAAUGAGGCCACCAAAACCCUCAACAGAGGCAUCUCUGAGUUCAUUGUGAUGGCCGCCGACGCAGAACCGCUGGAGAUCAUCCUGCACCUCCCACUGCUGUGUGAAGACAAGAAUGUGCCCUACGUGUUUGUGCGCUCCAAGCAGGCGCUGGGGCGGGCCUGUGGGGUCUCCAGGCCUGUCAUCGCCUGUUCGGUCACCAUCAAAGAAGGCUCACAGCUGAAGCAGCAGAUCCAGUCCAUUCAGCAGUCCAUAGAAAGGCUCUUAGUCUAAACCCAUGGCUCUGCCGCACUCUCCCGCUGACUCCUCCCCCUAAGGUCGUGUAUCAUAUUGUCUGUGUUAGCAUGUAGUAUUUCCAGCUACCUGCCGUUGUUAUAAAAUAUUGUUCUAGUAAAUCUAGUUUAUACAUUUUUGUAUUAUUUUUGUUUUUAUCUAACAGGUCAUUACCCCACCCCUUCCCUAAAUCUCCCCUUCCACCUUCUCUCUGCCAGCUUCCCUCCCUUUUGAAAAAUGAACUGAGACCCAAAACAGGUGGAAGCAGAGUGGUGACACCAUUCAGAGGCAGGGAAGAGCCAGGAUGGAGAUGGGAUUCCAGCUCACAGGCACUAGCUCCCUCCUGUGUGCGGGGCGCGGUUAAGUAGGCACCGCCCAUUUGAUUUGCCCAUGUGCCUGGCAUACAGAUGCAUUCCAUAUACAUUUAAGUGAUCUAGGGGUUUCCUUUGCUCUCUAGGGGAUUGUGUAUCAUUUGGGGAGGGAAGCAUGUAUUCAGUGAGGUUUUUAGUUGUAUGCCCACGUGUCAUUUGCUAAUAUACCCCUGCCAUUUGCUUUUGGUAAUACAACCUUGCAUCCGUCUCCCCCGCCCCCAGUCCCCAGCUGUGCCCCUGGGGGUGGCAGGACAGCAGCAGGCUAAAAGGAUGGGUGCUGCUGAAUUCCAAAAGUGCCCUGAGCUAGUGAGACAUGGGGCAGCUGACCUGGGUCUUAAAGGAGUCCGGAAUGACAAGGGAAAAUAGGAUCAAGUGGUGCUGAAAUGAAGGAUUCUGGGCAAGUCUGGAGACCUGGAAGCUGCAGCAGAGAUGAUGGAGUCCAAGGAAACAUCCUCUCUCUGGUGAACAGAGUUCUUCAGCGGACAUUUGGUACCAGCUCUGAGAGCCCUUACCCCAUUUCCUGCCAUGGUGUGGGUCAGAUGUAUGUAUCUUUAUCACAUCAGAAGGACAGUGCUAAUGUGUCGUUUUGUGAGUCCUAGUAAAGAAAUAUAUUCAUAUUCCAGUGUGAAGAAA